UCGAAACAGCCUUCGCACUUUCUACCACAACUAGCGGUUUGCGAGAUCCGUUUGUGUAUUUUUUUUUCUACUCUUUUUCCUUCGGCUAUUCUCAUAUUCAUUGCCAUUGUCAUUGACUCCGUCCACACACAAAUCACACACACACACAUUCACCUUCACAGUCCCAAGAAUGUCCCCCAGCAUGGAAGUGAUGAACAACAGCAUGUCGGGAAACCAUCCUCCGCACGACAAUUACCUUUGCCGCGGUCCCGAAGACUUUUCCGAAUCGAGUGAGGCGAACAACAGCGCUUCCAGCAACCCUCUCGGUUUGGAUUCGGCUCCUGUCGUAGAAGGCGAUCACGAGAUCAUAAACGAUGAAGACGACGACAAUAACAACAACGAUUCCCCAGCCCAACAGGUCUCGAAACCCGGUCUACACGACGUGUUGCUGGGUCGCGGGGGCGGUACCAACAAUCACCAAGGCAACGUCUUCUUCCGCAAGCUCGUGAACGAACACAAGAUGCGCUAUCUAGCGUGCUCCAAGGUCGACAAGCCCAAGGUUGCCCGAGAAGUCGUGUGCUUGUGGCGGAAACUGACUCCUCCCGGGCGUUUCUUGUCGCGCCACGAAGAGGCUCGGCGGGGACCGGGAUCCGUCAAGGCCGCGGAUACCCUUUGGUACGAAGUCGGCGACAAGAAGGCCCGCGAAAAGGCGUCCCAAUGUUUGCGUGAACGCACACCCGACGUUCUACCCUACAUUAAGCAAUUGCGGGAGCAACAAGACGCCAUUACGGAACAGGGUGUCUCCCUCGUGCAACAACAAUUGCAAAUGCAACAACAGCAAGGCCGGCGGCACGAACACCGCCACCAACAAGAUCAUCAACAACAGCAUCAACACCCGAGCUUUACUUCGCACAACACGUCACUGCACGGACCGGCCUUUCCGCGUCGCAAUUCCAUGCCCGUCCCGCACGAAUCGUUUCAACAGCGACCUUCGAUGCCUUCGGGACCAACGAUUGGUGGCGCCAUGGGGGGUGCCAGGAUGCGCGGGAAUCACUUGGGUGGUUCCAGCCGGGUGGUGGUGGAAUCCGCCGGUACCAACGAAUCCUUUGGCCGCUGUACCUCCUUACCGUCACGAUCGUACCUCAUGAACAACUCCGAUCGCGGCUACUACAACGAUUUGCCCGUCGAGGACGAGUUCUACCGGACUACCAACCCCUCCAACGGGGAUCACCUUUCCGAACUCGAGUACCAGCACAACAUGAUGCUCAUGCAGCAGCAGUUGGAAAUGCAACAGAUGCAAUUAGAGCGGUUGCGUGCGCAACGAGCCAUGCAACAACGAAUGCACGCUUCCGAAUCCAGCAUCUUCGACACGGCCCCCUCACAACCAAUGCGACACGGAUACAACGCCAACAACAACAACAGUCAUCGGCACAGUAGUAUCCAUGGGGACGAUUUCUUUGAAGACCAGCUGCACGGGGACUUUCAAGAUCCGCUCUUGACCAUGCCGGCACAGCCGGUUUCGCACACCGCCGCCACGAUGCGCCGGAUACCGGGCGCCAUCAAGCGCUCGCGCGAUGAGCACGUGAUUCGGACCAGCCACACACUACCCGACACGGCCACGUCCCGCAACGGCAACAAUACCACCGAAAGUGGAGAACUGACCUUGGAAGAAUACCGUCAACAACUGGAAGACUACAUCAUCAACAGUCACCAGCAGCAGCAGGAACCGCACAGCCGCGACGGUGUUCUGGCAGUGGCACCGGACAUUGAUGACGAAGAACUCGAAGAUGAUUGGGAAAAGGAGAAGGAAAAGAACUACGCUGAGCAGCGAUCACGCGGCGUUGAUCGUAACGCUUCCGGGAUGUCCAUGAUGAGUGCCAAGACCACCAAGUCCAACAUGUCCAUGGUCUCGGGCUUUUCCGGAAUAUCCGACCUCAUGAGUCAGGAUCGCGAAACCAAGAUGAAUUUGAAUCGCAACCUCUCCUCCAACUUGUCUCUCAUGUCGGAUAUGACGGAUUUGUCGCAAAAUAUUGAUACGCUCAGUAUUUAUGACGAGGAAAAUUAAAUGACCCGUGGGCAUCCGCACAUCCGGGCGGUCUUCCCCCUCUCUCCCUUUUUCGGGAAAGGAAAGAAUUGGAGUGGGACCCGGGAGUGCGGAAUAGAUCCAAUCUUUAUGUUAGUCAGCAUUUAUGACGCAUUUGCCUUUGCAGUUGCCUUUUACGUCACAUGUUUCAUAAUGAACAACAUUUUCCAUCU